UGUAUUUUUAAUCAAUUGUCAAACAUUUGCAAAGCCUACGAUAAAAGUUUGUUACAUUGGAAUUAAAUCAAUUUUUGAUCAUAAUUAUUUUCAGAAAACACUUAAACAGAAAACUAAUCAUGAGGAUGACCUGAGCAAGCAUGUCCUCACAUACGGGCCUAAAAUGGAAGCGAGAGAAAAGGUAAUGGAGUAUCUCUUUGUGUUGUAUUUUAUAAAAACGAUUUUAGUUAUGUAUAUAAUAAUUUCUAUUUUUUGUUAUAGACUGUUAAGUCAACGCUGGAAACAGUUGAUUAAUUAUCAUUGGCUUCACUUCAUUUGACACCUUUUGUAAUUAAAUUAAUAUAUUAGUUAAGUAUUUUAUCAUUAUUAUCUUAAUAUAUUAAAAAAUAGAGUCUUAUAGAAAGUAGAGCCUGAUUUCUCCUAGUACUUGUAUCUUGUACUUUUAUCAUAAUGCACAAAAAGCAGCAGAAUAAAUGCUUUUUGAUUAUUAAGUGCAAUUAAAAACUCUCUUAGGACCAUCAAAUCGUUUUGAUAUCAAAUGAGGCGAAAGAAAAAGAGUUAAAUGUAGUAGAGGUGUUAAAAUGUAGUAUAGAUGAAUGAAAAUUAAUCGAAACUUGCAUAUCGAACAUACCAAAUAUUACAAGUUGUAAAUGUAUAAUAAUGUUCCUGAUGUCCAAAAAGCCCGUCAAAUACCUACUUGAAUGUUUCGUAAUGAAUAAUACAAUAUCAUAAAGUAACCAAUCUGUAUUUUAUAAACAAAAAUCAAUCACAACGCACCACAAACUAUAAAGCAUAACAAUUUUAAUUAAAAAAUCAACUAUUUACCAAACACUGUUUAGUUUGUAAUGGUGGAAAAUAUCCGUGAAAUUCAAAGUUUAUCGGGUUUCAUUAAAAUUUAAUUCAACUACAUAAGAAAACAAUCGUACGGCCGCUGCAACAAAUUAUUUUAUUAUCGAUAAAAAUAAUUAAACCGAACCCCACUAUAAACGUCCGCCAUUUUGUUCGAAUCAAUUAUUGGCGGGAAUCGUUGAAAAAUCCACGUUUAUCUCGCGACAUUAAGCUAAUAAAGCAUCGGACUUAAUUAAAAAGUAUUCGACGGUGCGGAGGCGAGCGGAGCGGGCGAGCGGCGCGCGAGCCGACUAGCCCAAAACGAGCAAGCCGACCGCGAUCACCCAAUCGACGCCUUAAUUGAAUCAUAACCAGCCGAAUUGGAGAGGCGAGCGCGGCGCGUCGCGCGCCACAGCCCUGGUGUAGUCCGCCACGCGGCCGGCUGAAGCACAAGCUCUUAACGCAAACCGCCCACUGGGAAAGCGUUCCAAAUUCAAAUAACACCUCUACACGCCUAUUGGCCAAUCGCGCGCCAGACAUUCAAAUAAAGAGUGCAGCUCGGAGAUCAGUCGCCACCCCUCGGUAAACAGCGUCCAAUCGGAGGUGAGGAGUCCAUGUUCGUUAUUUUUUUUCCGCGCCGACGGGCGUCGAGCGAGUGCGGAGGGCUCAUUCGGCCGCGCGCCGCCUUGGCGUUCGUAUCGCGCGCUCGCGUCACGAUGGAUUGUGUUCUGUGUGACAUGUGCUUCUGAUUUGGUGUAUUAUUUUUUUUGUGACGGACCCGUUGUGUGUAAAAGCAUGAUGCCUCUCGCACCGACCCCUGUGGUGGCGGUGCCAUCGAAACCGAAGAUAGGAUUCAGUAUAGACAGUAUAGUGGGUGGUUCUGAGCGGCCGAAGCAGGCGUCGCCGCCGCUGGCGAGCCCGGGCUCCCCGUCGCCGGUGGCGUCGCCGCGCAGCCCCUCGCCGCGGCCGCUGCUGAGGCCGAGCGCGCUGCCGGCCGUGUUCCCCUCGCCCGAGCUGAAGCGGCUGCCGUACCUGGACGCGCAGAGUCACCACCACCAGUUCCUGGCGCACUUCCAGGGCGCGGCGCUGGCGGCGGCGCUGGCGCACCAGCAGCAGGGCUUCGGGGCUCCGCUGCCGCCGCACCCGCCGCCGCACCCCGCGCCGCCCGUGCCGCGCGACUCCUACACCCUCUACCCCUGGCUCAUCAACCGCCACGGCAGGAUAUUCCCGCACAGGUUUCCUGGAGGUCCAGAUAUCCCAGGCUUCCUACUUCAGCCUUUCCGCAAACCGAAGAGGAUCAGAACAGCAUUCUCACCAUCACAACUCUUGAAGUUAGAACACGCCUUCGAGAAGAAUCAUUACGUGGUUGGCGCUGAGAGGAAACAACUCGCGCAAGCGUUGAGCCUCACAGAGACACAGGUAAAAGUUUGGUUCCAAAACAGAAGAACGAAACACAAACGAAUGCAACAAGAGGAGGAAGCGAAGACUGGAGGCAAGUCUGGCUCCUCCAACAUGAAGCCGGACGACGGCAGCCAACACAACAACUCGUACGAGGACGACGACGAGGAACUCAUCGACAUGGACAUGGACGAACUCAGUGAAAGUGAAAAUGAAACGUAAAACAGUGGACUAAGUGAUAAAAUUGUACAUACUAAAAUAAUCUAGAUUACUAUAGUUUUAUUUAUUUAUGAGUUAGAGAUAAAGCACUGGCCACGGAACAGCCCUAUCUCGAUUGACAAUCACUCCAAUUUUGAAUCUGUAUUCGGAAUAGUUACGUUCGAACGUUUGUAAUGUAGAAUAUUAAUUACCUACCCACAUUAUGUAAUGUGUUGCUAAUAUUUCAAUUAGGUUUCAAUGCAAAUAUGAUAAUCGAUGCAGCCUUGUUAUCCGCCAUCUUAAUUUUAAUAAUUAAUGUCGGCACUUAGGUUUUUGUAAUCAAAUUGGCAGGACUUAAUUAUAAUUUAUUUGAUUAACAAACUAAAAAGUCAACAUGAUCAAUCAUUAAAAAGUGGGCGUUAGUUGGUGUUUGCAAUAAUUUAUAUCAAUUCUAAAGCCAUUAUAGCCGGUAUAUCAUUAAAUCAACUUUAUAAAACGGUUUUAAAAUGGCGUCCCGAGUCUUGUUAGAGUCACGGCUUAUUAGAUAACAAAAUUGGCCGUAUUAUAAUAGUUUUUUGGGUUUAAAUUAAUUAAAAAUGGCUCUUUUUUGAUGUUCACCCAGUGAUGUGGGUAUAAUUAGACAUUUUAGAUAUGAAAUGUUGAUAGGCAGGGUCUGUGGUUUCUCAAAGAGCGCUGUCAACGGUAGACAAAGACGACGAUACUGGCUCAUCGUUAGAGCAAGCGAGAUGGGUAUAUACAGAGAUGAAGGCGAUUAUAGGUGCGUUCAGGGCCCUAUUAUUAAGAGAUGCGUUUGAAAACUAUCGCGGUCUCGAAUCGCGUUUCGUAAUUGCUUGCGACGUAACCAAAUUGUUUUUGAGUGGUUGACGAUUGUUCUCAACGACUAUUUGUCUACGCGUUAGGAGUUUAACGAUACCCAUCUCUUAGUUGUUGAUGAUUUCUGUGACGCGUUUUGUAACUGUUUCCUUUGACUAAUGACGUGUCUCUACUAUUGUUUUAAUGUCAUUGUUUGAGGCCAUAUUUUAUAGCCAUUAUCAAUUUUGAUGAUCGUUUUUCGAAUCCUUUUUGAAUUUCGAAUUCAAUUUACACUAAUUGUCCUAUUUUAUGGCGGAUUAUGGUCGGCCGCUGUUCUUAACGGUCAAUUAAUCGAUUAAGAACUUGAAAAACCACUUAAAUGACGUGUAGGUAUACUAAGACUGGUCUGUAAAUAGAUUUGUCUAGAUUUUUUGACCGGUCUAGUCUUGAUUUCUGUCUGCCUACAGGUGGCUCGCCUCGGUUCUCAUUGCAUUGUUUACUAUGUUCUUUCACUAGGCUGUGGCCUUUAAACCCAGGUUUAAACGAGCGAUUAUAAGGCUAAUUUGUAUUUUCCUUUCCGUCUUUUGUUCACAUGAUUUACGAUUACGAGUAUCGAGUUCUCGCCGAAUCGAUUUACCGAGUGAAUCGAUUUUAAAAACAAACUAUUUUGUUUUUGUUCGGUACCCGUGUGGUUAUGCCAUGUUGUUACAGAAUGUAGUUUUGAAAACAAGAAUGGGAAUAUAUUUUUAAUUAAGUGACUUUGUUGGCAGAGAAUUGAUUUUAACUUAACAUCAAAUGAUUUUAUGAUAAGGAAUAAAACUACAAAUAUAGAAUGACAACAUUCUCUCGAUAUCUCUAUUAAAUAUCAAAGUUUGAAAUACUUUCCAUGAGAAAAGAUUAUCCGAAUUCUUGAACAUAAUAAAAAUACGAGCGUCCGUCGGAAUGCGCUAACUACCACACUAUUCCGUUCAAAUGCGCGAUUAAAAAAAAUACAAAAUAAAAACAACACAGGCAAAGGAACCAAAGCGUUUGGCUCCACGCCAUUCGUAAUUUGAAAUCUAGAUUCCAUUUUCAGCUCAAUUAACUCUUAGUCGAUUUUAAUUAUCGAUUUUAUUCAUUAAGUGUUUGCGAUUAGCGGGCAUGUCGAUAUUUUACGAUGUAUUCUUUCGUAAAAGUUCGUUUUUAAUUACAUUCGCAUUGAUUGCUUUUAAUUCGCUGAUUAUGUGACAUUUUAACGUUUAUUGGAGUCAUUGGAUAUUGAGAUAAGGCUAAUCCAUUUUUGAAUUGACUUUACAUUUUGUGCGACUUUGACAUGAGGUUGUCAUGAUUGUCAAAUUGUUAGAGGUUAUGCGUGGACCGAUUUCAUUGAAUAAGGGAGAAUCUAAGUCAAUAUGUUUUAAAUCGAUAUGUACUUACGUAUAACUUAUGUUAAAUUUAAAAAGUUUAUUAUUUAUGUUACUGCAGAGUUUGACUUGGGAAUUUGAUAUCAAAUACGGAGUUUUUGAUGAAAUUGGUCCUCUUAGAUAAAGUAGCGAUACAUGUGAGAUAAUUCAUACAUUAGAAUGUUAAUUAAUCGCUCAAAUAUAGUAGUUUUAUUAAGCCAGUUCCUUUAGGGUAAAUGUGAAUAAAAUUAUAUAACAAACUACACAGUAUUAUUGUGCGGACGUUAUGGGUGCGUUCGUUAACGUCAUCCACGUCUUAAUUUAACGUCAGUUUGUUUUAUGAACGCAGACAUUUUUUAUGGUGACAUGUUUCAGUUUUGUUACCUCUCUUAUAGUACGCUCAUCUCAAAAUGUU